GUUUCUUCUCAACCUGAUAAGAGAAAGAAGAGACCCUACAAGUAGCGCUUUCAUCACCACUUGCACCUUUGUUCCUGCUUGUUGCUGCUGCCUGCUCAACUUUGCCACUACCAAUGGCGAAGCCGAUAUCGAUCGAGGUGUGGAAUCCCAGCGGCAAGUACCGCGUCGUGAGCACCAAGUCCAUGCCCGGCACCCGGUGGAUCCGCCUCCUCACCGAUAACGACUGCCGCCUUGAGAUAUGCACAGAGAAGAAGACCAUACUCUCUGUUGAUGACAUCCUAGCGCUCAUCGGCGAUCAUUGCCACGGUGUCAUCGGACAGCUGACAGAGGACUGGGGGGAAGUGCUCUUCUCGGCGCUCAAGCGCGCUGGAGGGACAGCCUUUAGCAACAUGGCGGUUGGGUACAACAACGUCGACGUUGAUGCUGCCAACAGGAACGGCAUCGCCAUCGGCAACACACCUGGGGUUCUGACGGAGACGACGGCAGAGCUGGCAGCAUCGCUGUCGGUGGCGGCAGCCCGGAGGAUUGUUGAAGCUGACCAGUUCAUGAGGGCUGGCCUCUAUGAUGGAUGGCUCCCUCACCUGUUUGUGGGGAAUUUGCUCAAGGGGCAGACUGUCGGGGUGAUCGGUGCUGGUCGCAUUGGCUCGGCGUAUGCCAGGAUGAUGAUUGAGGGCUUCAAGAUGAAUCUAAUCUACUACGACCUGUAUCAGUCGACGCGGCUCGAGAAAUUCGUGACAGCGUAUGGGCAGUUCCUGAAGGCGAACGGCGAGCAGGGAGUGACAUGGAAGAGGGCUGGCAGCAUGGAGGAAGUGCUGAGGGAGGCCGAUGUGAUAAGCCUGCACCCGGUGCUGGACAAGACGACGUACCAUCUGAUAAACCCCGAGAGGCUGGCCAUGAUGAAGAAGGAGGCGGUGCUGGUGAAUGCGAGCCGAGGCCCGGUGAUCGACGAGGCGGCACUGGUGGAGCACCUCAAAGCCAACCCCAUGUUCCGCGUUGGGCUCGACGUGUUUGAGGAUGAGCCUUACAUGAAACCGGGGCUCGCGGAGAUGAAGAACGCGGUUGUUGUGCCCCACAUUGCAUCGGCAUCCAAGUGGACUCGUGAAGGAAUGGCAACACUUGCUGCUCUAAACGUCCUUGGUAAAAUCAAGGGGUAUCCAGUGUGGGGAAACCCCAACGCCGUGGAACCUUUCCUGGACGAGAAUGCUACGCCGCCGCCUGCUUGCCCAAGCAUCGUCAAUGCAAAGCAACUCGGCCUGCCAUCAUCCAAGCUUUAGGGAGAGGAAAGACGCUAAUGGCUGCUUCAGAUACAUACACAUAUAUCCUGGAUCACCACUGCUUGCCAUAGCUAUAGUUAUAGGUUAUUAUAAGUAAUAUAUAAUUAAUGAGACAACAAGAUCGAAUUUGGACAUGGAGCAAGUUUUAUCAGUUUACAAGCUAAUCGUGUGAUGCCAACCUUGUCAGUCAUCGAUUACAGUUUGAUUUCCUUUCGAGCUUUUGAUGAUUCCGUUAAAUAAUACUCCAUCCGAUGUCUCGGGAUUAGAUCCGAGGGAGAAUCAUAUACAUGUGUGAAAUCUGCAGGAACAACGGCACAAAGAAAUUGAUGAUA